AUGUGUUUGGAACCUAGUACGGCCCAAAAGACUUCGGCGCCCACGAGAAUGUCGAUCGCCGAAGACAGAGCCGACCGUCUGGGUACCGUCGUCGCUGAGGCCGGCGGUAGGUGCCGAGGCAGAUGUAAGCUGCGAAAGCUGCGCACGGGCACGGGAUACCUGCGCGUACUCUUGUACUUCGAACUGCUCACGCUCAGAAUACCCCGCGUCUGGGUCCUCCGACAAUACCUC